UCCCCUCCCAUUUCCGGCCGCCGGUCCCCUCCGUCCCGUCACCAGGAGGCCAGGCCGCUCGCGUGGCCGUGGGAGACCGCUGCCUCCCCUUCGCCCUCCCGGCCUCCCCCUUUCCGUUGCUCCUUCCUCUCACCCGACCGACCGGCGCCAUGGCGAUGAAGCAGACCCCGCUGACGUGCUCGGGCCACACGCGGCCCGUGGUGGACUUGGCCUUCAGCGGCAUCACCCCCUACGGCUACUUCCUCAUCAGCGCCUGCAAAGAUGGCAAACCGAUGUUUCGACAGGGUGACACAGGGGACUGGAUUGGAACAUUUCUUGGUCACAAGGGAGCAGUCUGGGGAGCCACGUUGAAUAAUGAUGCCACUAAAGCAGCUACAGCCGCUGCAGAUUUUACUGCCAAACUGUGGGAUGGUAUUUCAGGAGAUGAACUCCUCACGCUGGCUCACAAGCAUAUUGUCAAAUCAGUGGACUUCACUCAGGACAGCAAUUACUUGUUGACAGGUGGACAAGAUAAAUUGUUACGUAUCUAUGAUUUAAACAAGCCAGAGGCAGAACCUGAGGUGGUCAGUGGUCACACGUCUGGUAUUAAAAAGGCUCUGUGGAGCAGUGAUGAUACGCAGAUCCUUUCGGCAGAUGAUAAAACAGUCAGGCUCUGGGACAGAAAUACACUGACAGAAGUGAAGGCGAUCAACGUUGCCAUGUCCGUGAGUAGCAUGGAAUAUGUGCGUGAAGGGGAGAUAAUAGUCAUCACCUAUGGCCGGACCAUUGCCUUUCACAGUGCAGAAACUCUGGAACCGAUUAAAUCGUUUGAGGCACCUGCAACAAUCAAUUCUGCGUCUCUCCAUCCGGAGAAAGAAUGUCUAGUUGCUGGCGGUGAAGAUUUUAAACUUUAUAAAUAUGAUUAUAAUACCGGUGAAGAAUUAGAAUCUUACAAGGGGCACUUUGGGCCGAUUCACUGUGUCAGAUUUAGCCCAGAUGGAGAGUUGUAUGCUAGCGGCUCAGAGGACGGAACGCUGAGGCUGUGGCAGACGACAGUAGGGAAAACAUAUGGUCUCUGGAAAUGUGUGAUUCCUGAGGAAGAAGGUGGAGAGCUGGCUAAGGCUAAAGUCAACCUUCCAGGAACUGCAGAAGAAGAAUUAGAAGACCUUGGCUCUGAAAACACAGAUUCCAUCUACAGUACACCUCCUGAAGUUAAGGCUUGAGCGCCACGGCCGUUAAGGACAACACACGCGAACUCGUUGAGAUUCGAUCCCCAAAAAGAAAAAAAUGGAAAAAGCAAACAAACAAACAGCAGUCAUAUGCAACAGCCUCUCCCGGGGGGGGGUGCGCAAAGUGAAUCGAAGGCAAAUAGAGAGGCAGUAAUUGAUGAGAAUGCAUAGGAACAGGUUGUCGAAAGGUGAAUAGAGACAAAAAAAAAAAAAGUUAACGGUUUGGCUGUCUUUUAAGCGUCAUUGCCUUUUGUUAAGUCUGAACAUAACCAGGCGCCGAGAUCCUGUUUUUUCUCCAGUGUUAAGAUUAAGUCAUUGUAGUGUUUUAUUAUUGAGGAGAAAUGUAACGGUAUCUUGGUUAGAGUAUGUUCUCUGAAAGUGGGGAAGGGGGAACAAAAGGCAGGGGGUUAUUUGGUUAAAUAAAAUAUUUGUGGUUUAAGGGAUUUUUGCCCUCCCAAUUUUAUUGUACACUGCUUCUGUUUCCAAAUCAUCUAAAUAAAAUGCUCCUACGAUCGCACUCCUAGAAAACGUUAUAAAGCUUACCAGGUUUAAUUCAUCUGUUUCUGAACAGUAUUGAAUAGCCUGGGGCUUUGUAUUUUAAAAAAAAGAAAACGGGGGGGAGAGAGUAAGGUUUGGGGGUGUGUUUUGCACGAUAGGUGGCUGAAUGCCCUGCUGCUUGAAGCUUGUGUGUUCUUCUCCAGUAAAACUUGGUAAUUCAAAAUUUAUCUCUAAAAAGAUAACAUGUGAAGGAGCAUCCCUAUAUUAAUUGCCUCUGGUCGAAAUUGUUCAUAUACUAUCUGAAUUUACCCUAUUGUCAAAACAUACCUACUUAGCCAUUGUAUUUCUUCUGGACUUCUUUUAAACGGAAGCAGCUAAGUAUUUCUAUAUGAUUUUUAAUGUGUGUUUUUUUUUUCCAAAAACGAACUGUAUGUAUACAUCAAAUAAUUCAUAUGCUGCAUAGGAAUAAAAUGGUGGUUUAAAGAGUCA